UAUGACUACUAUGCAUGAAAUUCAACUUCUCGUGACACAUCCCUGUGACGUCAAUAUCAGUGUACAUGCAUCCACAGGAGACAGAACAGCGGUCGAAAGUAUGUUAAAUCAAGUAAAAGCUGUCGACUCAAAACCAGUGAGAGAGAAUGAGCAACAAUUUUCGCUAAUCGUUCUAGCAUCGCAGUCAGUUUGGAUGGUAAAACGAGUCAUGACUCGGUGUUAUCGCUAAUUUAGAGCUGAGCAGAAGGUGCGGUAAUCCUAGAUAGCCGUAUUAUCUGGAUUCGAUCUAGAUCCACGGGUCACGCGGCUAAAAUCUUUGAUUAAAAUCUAGUGAUUUAAUUUGAACGAUGCCGCAACUGACUGUCAACAACAAAGAAUUUGAUUGGCUGACACAGAGCGACGCCGGACGGUGAUUGGGGGGUCGGAGACAGUUGACAGCGCGGCUCCACCCUCCGCAAGUUGAUGAAAGCGCGUCUGCUUAUUCCGCUUAUGCCGCUAGGGCGCGAGAGCCAGUUGCUGGGAACAUCCCGCACGGACUAGUCGAUUUUACGCGUAGAUUUACGGGGAGCGAGAGGCACGCCGAUUACCCCGAUUCGAAAAUAACCAUUGAUUAGUUUCGCUUAGAUCGUGAAGUUGUCAUUGCUAGUAGCGCGAGUGUCUUGUGCUGUGCGAUCGAGCGUCGAAAGAAGUGACUUUUUCCCAGUUUCACCUAACGACGAACGAUGGGGUUGUCCGGUUGUUACGGAGUCAUCAAGUACCUCCUCGUAUUUGUGAACCUUAUAUUUUGGGCGGUAGCGUCGGCCACGGUUAUCUUGGCGAUAUGGAUGCUGACUGAUCCAACAUUCAUUGUGUCAUUGGCCCAAGAAGAGCACAAUUACCAUGCCGGAUUGUACAUUCUCCUGGCGGCUGGGGUGCUCAUGCUGAUAGUCGCUAUCUUGGGGUGCUGCGGCGCCUUCCGUGAGUCCCAAUGCAUGCUCGUCGGAUUUUUCAGCUGCCUACUCGUCGUGAUUGUCGCCCAGAUUGCUGCAGGAGCUUGGCUCUACACCAACAGCGAACGCCUGAAGCAGCUCGUCGAGGCAUCUGUUGCUAACACCGUCAAGUCCGAGUACGGAGUGAUCUCAUCUCGUACGGCUACUAUAGACGCCAUUCAAUCGGAUUUGAGCUGCUGCGGCGUAACUGGACCGUCAAACUGGGCUGGCAGUCAGUACGUGCAAAAGGAUCGUGCUGGCGGUAUCAAAAUUGGCGUCACUGCUGACAACAGCUAUUACCGCGUGCCGCUAUCCUGCUGCAAAGAUAAGGGAAGUCCCAAUUGCCAGGACGCUCUUAAACCCGGUGAUGAAAUUGGUUCAGUGAUUUAUGAAGAGGGAUGUCUGAACAAGCUUGUGGACGCGCUUGUAAGACACAUGAGCAUCGUGCUGGGCGUAACAAUCGGAGCUGGAAUACUGGAGCUACUCGGUUUGAUCUUUGCAUUGGUUCUGUGCUGCGCCAUUGGCUCAUCUGAUAGAUACAAAGCCUAAAAGCGUAGCUCCUCUCACGCCAAUCUUCUUAACAUCCUGGAAAUCAAUCAAAUUUUUCAGUAGCUGUUUCAUAAUUUCAGUUUGUGCCAAGAUACACGAGACUGACUAUAAAACUUACUUAUCACUCCUUCCGUCAUCUUCUUAAAAAAAAGUAAUGAAAAAAGAAACCAAAGGAAAUGCACACAGAAAUAACAUAUUGAACAUACUCAAAGACCAAAAAUCUUAACUGCUAUAUGAUCUUAACAAUAACUUGUACACUAAACUACAUAAAUUAUUUAGAUUGCGAAUUACUCUAAUCUGAUUUCAUAUGAACCAAUCAUUUCUGAAAUACUGUGCAAAAAUAUUCGACUCAUUCGGUAUAUGCAUACCUUAAAUUUGAUUCAGUUAAGAAAGUAAUAGAGUCAAGCUCUCUAUGGAUAGAUCUUGAAUUCGCUUUUUUCGUGAGUUUAUAGUGUGAUAAAAACAAGUCUCACCAAGUAUUUAGCAUCGGAGAAUGCAAUGAAAUUUUGUAAUAGAUGAAGGGAUGAAAUAUGAUAACAUGUCCAAAAAAGUACAAUUAAGUUCGACAGUAAAAAUAACGCGAUACGCUAGAGUCUAGACGUAUGUGAUUGAAGAACUUUAUCGCUUUAAACUUAAGACCAUUAUCUUUCCUUUAAUAACAAAACAGUUCUUAUAGCUUUGAAAGACAAGCUAUUUUCUAUUUCGUGAAUUUCCGAAAACCAAGAAAUACCGUAAAUUUUGUCCCGAGGAGUAUGUCCUGCUUUCUGAUUCGUCAGAAUGAGAAAAGUGGAAAGAAACAUUUAAAUGUUUAUGUGUCUAUUGCGUGAAAUCAAAUAUAUAUAAUGUAUGUAUAUACCCAUAUUCUAAAUGGUAAUGGAAAGAAAAGUAUAAUGCAUAUAGGUGUGACAACGUAAUUUACGUAAUGUAAUAAUACUCGAAUUAGUACAUCGCGGAAUCGAUUUCUGUCCUCUAUAUCGAUUGUGUUCAACAUUAUGAUUCCCCCCCCCCCCUUUUUUUGAAAUAAUUUUGUUUUCGAGAAAUGUAUUAGACGCAAAGCACAAUUAUCUCGUACUCUUAAGUAAUAAUCAUGGUGGAAAUGUUACUUUACAAAUCUUGACACCUAGCACUGAGCUAUUAUUACGUUAUCAAUCUCACUUGUAAUCACGCUAGUAUUUAUUGAGCAACAAAGAAUCUUAACUUAAGUUUUAUACGUAUUAAUUUGUCUAUCUCAGAUUCUUUGCGAACACCUUCGUUUACUUUUGUUUUCCUUUUCGCUUUGUAAAAUUUCAUCAGACUUUGAAUCUCAACAUCAAUAAAGUGUUGUAACUUAUGGUGUAUUUAAGUAAGUAAGAUUAUAAUCGCGACAAAGGAUAUUACAAUGUUUAAAAUAAAAAUAUUGAAGAGUAAAUUUAACGAUAAUAUAGUAUAAAAAGUAUAUAUAUAGUAGAGUAGAGAGCAUCUAUUUUACUAGAGCUAUAUUAAUCUAUUAUGUGUAAUAGUAAUAAUUAUAUUAUUCACAUCUACUGAAUCAUCUUUCAAUAAAAAUAAUUCAUGAUUUUGAUAUCGAUAUAUUACAAAGCAAACAGUACAUUUUGCAUACAAAAGAAAACAAUUUUCUCUUUUUUCAAAUUUCUACCAUAUUACGUUAUUAGUACUAUAUUGGUGUUUCUAAAAAAAAUAUUUGGAAUUACAGAUCGAUGAAAUACUCUGUAUGAUAAUUUGCGAAUAAUCUUAUAUAAGUAUAGAAUAUUGUUUGGAAUCAAUCAUUUAUAAAUAUUUUUUAAAAAUUUACUAAGUCAUAUUUAGUUGGUAUAAGUAUGAAAAUACCUUUGUCGUUUCGUUUUUAUUAUGCCAAACUUACGAUAUGUAAAAUAAUGACUAAAUAUUUGGUCCAUUAAUUAUAAUGUAUUAUACAUAUUGAUAUACGUAUAUAAUUACCCAGUUAUUACGAAGAUCCAAAACUGUUUCACUUAAAAAAGGUUUUUUCAUUAAGUCUUUUUCGCUGACAAGUUGUAUCAAUGUAUGAUUGCAGUUUUGAAAAAAAUGAUACAACAAAUUCAUUGUAACGUUGCCUCGUGAUAACUUAAUUCGUCAAAAUUAUAUUUUGAUAUUUCGAGAUAUAUAUACGCAUUUCAGUUUGUAUGUAUAUCAUAUUGUACGUACAGAAAGAGGCUGCGAUCAUAAAUCCGAAAUAUAACUGUUUAUUCAAGUGUA